AUGGGCCCCACCAAGAGCGACAAGCCGGCUGUCGCCAACGACUUCCUCCACACCCCGCUGGUUCGGGCCGCCCUCCCCUUUGUCAAUGGGGGCCUCAGCGGCAUGGUCGCCACCACCGUCAUUCAGCCCGUAGACAUGGUUAAGGUCCGCAUCCAGCUGGCCGGCGAGGGUGCAGCCGGCGGGCCCAAACCCACUCCCCUCUCCGUCGCCCGCCAGAUUGUCGCCUCCGGAAAGCUCCUCGACCUCUAUACUGGGCUCUCCGCGGGGCUGCUGCGCCAGGCCGUCUACACCACUGCGCGCCUCGGGUUCUUUGACACCUUUAUGGGCAGACUCACGACUCGCGCGAAGGAGCAGGGUCGCAAUGUUGGCUUCUCCGAGCGUGCCACGGCUGGCUUGGCGGCGGGAGGUCUGGCUGCCAUGAUCGGAAACCCGGCCGACCUGGCGCUCAUCCGCAUGCAGUCCGACGGGCUCAAGCCGCUGGCCGAGCGGAAGAACUACAAGUCGGUCAUCGACGCCCUGAGCGGCAUCGCGCGUUCUGAGGGCGUGGCAGCCCUCUGGGCCGGCGCGGCACCGACCGUGGUUCGUGCCAUGGCGCUCAACUUUGGCCAGCUGGCCUUCUUCUCCGAGGCCAAGUCGCAACUGAAGCAGCACACGGCCCUCAGCGUCCACGCGCAGACCCUUACCGCAUCGGCCGUCGCCGGCUUCUUCGCUAGCUUCUUCAGCUUGCCGUUUGACUUUGUCAAGACGCGCUUGCAAAGGCAGUCGAGGGGGCCCGACGGCCGCCUCCCCUACAAUGGCAUGGUGCACUGCUUCGCCAGAGUAGCCAAGCAAGAAGGUCUCACCCGGUUCUACCGCGGCUUUGGGACAUACUACGUGCGGAUUGCACCCCAUGCCAUGGUAACCCUCAUUGUGGCCGAUUACCUCGGCUUCCUAACCAGAUGA